AUGCCCGCCACCAUCGCCCACUGCGAGGCUGGCCCAGAGGUGUGGCCGCCGUGGCUUAGGAUUCGAGGAUUCGAGGAUCCGAAUGCUCGUCCUGCGUCUCCGACUCUCCCUCCUGCGACCCUCUCUCUGUACGAGUUGGCGAUUAGGGGCGGUGGUGGGGGGCGCUGCUCCGGGCGAGCAACAGCCAACAACAAGACAGCCCACCAUGAUGCCUAG